UUUCAUUGUGUUUAUUUUUAUAAACAUGAAACGGAAUGAUGGAAGUAUAUACGAGAAGAAAGGAAAUUAUUUCUUUCGCUGAUCACUAUCGAGUGGACCGAUUCUUUUUUUGCGAUAAUUUGCAACGAUGACAGCUAAUUUCAAGAGUUAGCCAUUAAACACGAGAAGAGAGGGCUAUAAUUAUACUUCGCUGUUUUGAUGUUUGACUGGUGCAGGUUUUGCUGUGCCCUCAGCAGGAUUGGUUGCUAUAAGUGCUGUCACAAGGCUGCCUUAUCCAGGCCGGAGUUCACUGUUGUGGCAUUGGGGCUUUCAAAUGCAGGCAAAUCAACAUUGCUAUCGAUAUUAGCAAACGAAGAGCUCCAAGAUGACUGCGUACCAACUCAAGGAUUUUCUAUCAAAGUACUUCAGUUUCCUGAUGCCAUCCUUAAUGUAAUGGAACUUGGUGGUGCUGUUGAGCAGUAUUGGUGUCAUUAUUAUUGUGGAGCAGAAGGCAUUGUUUUUGUCAUCGAUAGCUCGGACAACAGACAUCUAGAACAAGCUGCUGAAUGCCUUUCAAGGCUUCUCAACCAUCCAAUUCUUAGCGGCCUCCCUUUGUUAAUUUUAGCCAACAAGCAAGAUGUUGCGAAUGCAAAAGAUGCUAAUGAGAUAAAGGACAUUCUUAGUCUUGACAAGAUUGCUGAUGACAAUGACUACAUCAUUUACUGCUGUUCCAGUCAAGAUGUAAACAGCAUUCGAGAAGGAUUCGUCGAUCUAAUACACAAAUUAAAACGCGAAUCACCAAACACCCUAACAAUGCCCUACAUUGAAAAUUAGUGUCAAUCCAGCAAAUAUAAUACUCCGGUUAAUAAACUGUAGUAUUUAGAUCAGUUGGAACGGACUGAGUUUUGCACCUCAGAAUGAUAUAUGUAUAGAUAGUUCUAAUAUAUGGUCGAUUACAUAAAGUUUUAUAUACGCAUUCAACGAAACUGUAUUAAAAUUAUUACUCAUAAA